UUAUAUUGUUUAUGUAGAAUUUUUUUUUUUUACAUGAUUGCGUGACAUUUAAAAAAAAAUAUACUACAGUAUUAGUAGUAGUAGUAGUAGACAGUAGUAGUAAUAAUAGUGUAUUUUUAAAUAUAUAAUCAUAUUUAGAAGACUUGAAUUUUCUUCUGAAUAUUCUGAAUAAUAUAAGCAAAUUAUAUCGAUUUCUCGGGCUUACAAGGUCAGUUCAAAGAAGUGUGCAUGUCUGUGCUUGUCAAACACUUAUAAUACCACUUGAACAAUGUCAUCAAAACCAAUAUUGUUAAAGGAGAAACCAUUUGUCGACAUGGAAGACAUCAAUAUACAAAUUGAACCAUGUAAAACAUAUUUUAGUGAUGGAUGUGUUGAAACUGCAGGAACUGAUGAAACAGAUUUACUGAGAGGAGAAUCAAAAACUGAUUCAAAUGAAUCUACUAAUAAUUGGCCAUCAUGGUUACUUACAAAAUCAGCAGUAAUUGGUUCUAGUGCAUUGAAUACAGUUGAUUACCUCGGGGAAUCUUUGGCUAAUUUUUUUGGUAUCACUACACCUAAAUAUCAAUUCGAAAUAAAUUAUCACAACAACAUAAUGCAAGAAAUGAAUGCAGAAAAAAUUGUCAAUGAAGAAAAUAUGAAAGGAUGGACUCAACAACCUCAAAAAUCUACGAUAACAGCAGAACCGUGUUAAGUUUACAUUAAAUUCCCUUGAUUUUGUUUUAAAAAAUACUAAUAAUUUAUACAAUAAAUAAUAUAUGGUUUGUCAAAACUACAUUAUUCUACAAUUGAAUAUUUAUGUAUUUUCUAAAGCAUUCCUAGAAUAUACACCGAGAACAAUACUUAUUAUAUUUAUUUAUAUAUAUAUUUCACUUAACAAACUUCCUAUUACAAAUAAAUAAUUGUCAAUUAAACAAUAAGUAUCAAAUCAUUUAUUUUUAUUGUGGGAAUUAAAAAUUAUUUAAGCGCUCAAAAAGUAUUAACAACAUUAAAAGUUUUAAGAAUACAUUUAUUUAUAUAAGAUAUUUUAAUCAAAUCAAAUAGUUUUAUAAUAACAAAUUAUUAGUAUUUUUUAUAUAUUAUAUAAAAUUGAUUACCACUUACCUUAUAAUGGUGUUUUACUAAUUAUUAACUUUUUUAAAUAUUUAUUUAAGAAUAUAAUUCUUUGAAUUAUUAACUAUUAUCUUUAUUAUUAAAAGUUAUAAGUAAUUUUAUUGAUUAAAAAAGCUCCGAAGUUAAUGACUUAUUCAUUUUUAUAUGUAUUUAUUUAUUUAUUUUUUUUUUUGUAACAUUGAACAAUACUUUCUUAGCUUAAAAUGUAUUUUAAUAACAUACCAAUCUAAAUAACAAAUCAUAUUCUAUGUUUGUUGACAUUUUAAGGUCAUUUAUGUAAUUUCAUAUUGUUUUUAACCAAAUCACACGACUUAAUUAAUGACUUUUUUGGUUUAUGAUACAUAUUGAAUUUUACUAUACAUUAAAAUAUAUUUUUCAAAUAUUCAUUUGACAAAAUAAAUAUUAAAUUAUCUUUUCAUAAAAAUAGAAUAACAUUAUUAAUUUUAUUUUAUUUUAUUAUUUAAUGUAAAUAUUUUAUUUAUUAAACUAAUUAGAAAAGUAUUAUUUAUCUAGGUAUUUUUAUGACUUAAAAAUUCAUUACGUUGUAUUUGUUAAAAAUGUUAAGUCAUCAACUUCUAAGCUCUAUUGAUUACCAUUUAACUUAUAUUUUAUAAAUUAAUUUUAGGAUAUUUUUUUCAAGAAAAUGAAAUUAUUGAAUCGUUAUAAAACAAAGAUAAAUAUAUUAAUAUUCUUAUUGUUAUAAUAUUAUAUGCAUUAUUAUUUUAUAUUAAUAAAAAUUUUUACUAUUUUAUGUGAAUGAUUAA